CGUGUGACGUCAUCACGUCUGGGAGAGCCGGAAGUAAGAGCCAGCAGAGAUCCCAGUUUCUCCAUCAACGCUUGAGGUGUGAAGGAACUGCAUCCACCAGGGGGAUAUUUUAAUAUUCCUCUUAGACUCAGGUCGGAUCUACCUUUGUAGACGUGUGUAUAAGAUUGAAGAUGUGGAGGGCAUCAGCAGGACAGUCCGUUAAGGUUGCGCAACAAGACGACGGAGGGGACGACUGGGAGACGGACCCUGACUUUGAGAAUGACGUGUCGGAGAGGGAGCAGCGCUGGGGGGCCAAGACGGUGGAGGGCUCGGGACAUCAGGAGUCCAUAGAUAUCAACCGCCUGCGUGAGGCGGUGUCCACGGAGCACAGCUCUCUGAGGAAGAAGGAGCAGGACACCGAGCCCAAAGCAUCCGACGGAUACGGGGGGAAGUUCGGAGUUCAGCAAGACCGCAUGGACAAGUCCGCUGUGGGUCAUGACUACCAGAGCAAGCUGUCCAAGCACUGCUCCCAGACGGACACUUCUAAAGGCUUCGGAGGGAAGUUCGGAGUCCAGGCGGACCGUGUCGAUCAGUCAGCUGUUGGGUUUGAGUACAGUGGGAAGACGGAGAAACACGCGUCUCAGAAAGACCACUCCGUGGGGUUUGGGGGGCGAUACGGCGUGCAGUCGGACCGCGUGGACCAGAGCGCCAUGGGCUUCGAUUACCAGGGGAAAACCGACAAACACGAUUCCCAGAAAGAUUAUUCUAAAGGCUUUGGAGGAAAGUUCGGAGUUGAGACCGACAAAGUGGACAAGAGCGCUAUGGGCUUUGAGUACCAGGGAAAAACUGAGAAGCACGAGUCCCAGACAGAUUACACUAAAGGCUUUGGAGGAAAGUUCGGUGUUGAGACCGACAAAGUGGACAAGAGCGCGAUGGGCUUUGAGUACCAGGGAAAAACUGAGAAGCACGAGUCCCAGACAGACUAUGUGAAGGGCUUUGGAGGGAAGUUUGGUGUGCAGACGGACAGACAGGACAAGUCUGCGCUGGGAUGGGACCACCAGGAGAAACUACAGCAGCACGAGUCCCAGAAAGACUAUAAGCGUGGGUUUGGAGGGCAGUAUGGGGUAGAGAAGGAGAAGCAGGACCAGUGUGCUCUGGGCUAUGAACACAAGGAGAGCUUGGCUAAGCACGAGUCCCAGAAAGGCACAGAAACACCCCCAAAUCCCCCACCUCGAAACCCCUCCUUAUUAUUUACCCUGCAUCCUUUUCCAGAAACACUCCUCCAGCUUGUUGCUCCUUCUUUGGCAUCGUCACCUCGCCUUCCUUUCCCCACAGACUCACCACUGUCCUAUCGAGAUGAACAGGGCAGAUUACUAAAAUCACGCUAAAACGUUUCCAUAGGCAACGCUACUUUCUACACAUCCUGCAAAACUAGCAGACAAGUUAUUUAUAUAAAUAGUAAUUAAUUAAUGUGAUCUAAUGUAAAAGGGCAAAUAUUAACCAUAUAUGCUGUUUAUAUUGCUUUUAAUUG